AUGUGCAACAAGGGGAAGGAGAAGGUGAAUGAAGAAUCAGUAGCCAAUUUGAAGACGGGUGAGAAUCUGAACAAUGAGAACAAGCGAAAGGCAAUCGUGCUAGGAGAGUCCCAUAUUGAAACUCAGAAUUCAAAGACUCCCAAAAAAGAUGUUGCUGAAGAAGAAUCAACUGAUUCAUCGAAAGAAAUUUCUCCAUUUCUUCUUUUUGGAUUCAUUGUUGAUCUCAGGAAAGGAAUUCAAAAAGCUUACUCAUGUAAAUUUUGUAGCAGAAAGUUCACGAGUCCACAUGCAUUAGGUGGCCAUCAAAAUUCUCACAAAUUAGAGAGAAGUGUCAAAGAAAAGAUCCAAGCUUUUAACAAAGCCUGGAUAAAUUACUCAAAUGAUAAUCAAGGGAUAAGUCUAAACAACAUCCCUCCAUUCCAUAUGGGGUGUGGAUAUCAAUAUCAUGGAUAUAACAAUAUGAUUCAGCAUGCAGGGCCAUCAAACUUUUAUGCCGAGAAUUUGUAUGGUGCAUUGCAGCAUAUUUCGGAGAUAGAUGAAGUGAACGAGGGAGAUGCUGGUAGUGAUGAAUUUGAUCAGGAAGACAAAGAGACUCAAGAGGAGGAUGCAUCCAAGAUUGAUUUAACCCUUAAGCUUUGA